AUGGAGCAACAAGAACCAGCAGAUUCUCAAAAUACCAAGCAGUCUAUUAUCUCAGAGGAGUUAAUUUCAGAAGGAAAAUGGGUCAAGCUUGAAAAAACAACUUACAGAGAUCCUACUGGUAAAACAAGAACUUGGGAAACUGUGAAACGGACAACGAGGAAAGGCCAGUCGGCUGAUGGUGUGGCGGUCAUCCCCGUGCUGCAAAGAACCCUUCACUAUGAAUGCAUCAUUCUGGUGAAGCAGUUCCGACCCCCGAUGGGGGGCUACUGCCUAGAAUUCCCUGCCGGUCUCAUCGAUGAUGACGAAAGCCCAGAAGCAGCUGCUCUUCGGGAGCUCGAGGAAGAAACUGGCUACAAGGGCGAUGUUGCUGAAUGUUCCCCAGCUGUCUGUAUGGAUCCAGGUUUGUCAAACUGUACCACACAUAUGGUAACCGUAACUAUCAAUGGAGACGAUGCUGAAAACGUAAGGCCUAAGCCAAAGCCAGGAGAUGGAGAAUUUGUGGAAGUGAUUUCCUUACCAAAGGAUGACCUGCUGAAGAGAAUAGAUGCUCUGGUAGCUGGUGAACAUCUGACAGUGGACGCCAGAGUCUAUUCCUACGCUCUGGCGCUGAAACAUGCAAACACGAAGCCGUUUGAAGUGCCCUUCCUGAAGUUGUAAGGCCAAAGGACAGUCGCCUUGUUUCUGUAACCAGGACACAGGCCUCCUUCAUUAAGACUUUGUAUUCGGCUUAGUUUCGAUGGAGAUUUGAAAUUAGUUUUUUCAUAAAAUAAAAAAGCACAGAA